AGAAGAUAAGAAUCUACAAUGGUCUGAGAAGACGUCGCCAUGAAUUAAAACACCGUAGCUCCUGAGGUAGAAAGACACGAAAGACUCCACAGUUCAAGGAGUUUGCAUACUCUCUCUGAUUUGGAAUCUCCCGUAACUGAGUCAACUCGGUGGAGGUUACUGUUUGAGUUUUGUGUUGAUGGAUCCGAGUGAGAUGAUGAACGAAGGAGCACCGUUUGACAUGGCGGAGAUCUGGCAGUUUCCGAUGACCGGAGUUUCCACCGAAGAAUCUUCCGUGAAUCUAACAACCACCACCGUCGCCGGCGAUCAGGGGAGUAUGAGCCACGCGCUCUCGCAGGCUGUGCUUGAAGGUAUCUCCGGCGUGUGGAAUCGGCGGGAAGACGAGUGCGGGAAGGUCGUUUCCACCAGAAACAAGAGACUGAAGAUAGAUGAGGUGUGUGAUGGGAAAACGGAAACAGGGUCGCCGGAGACAAACGUGGAUCAAAAGAAACAGAAGACAGAACCAAUGAAAGAUUACAUUCAUGUUCGAGCAAGAAGAGGUCAAGCUACUGAUAGUCACAGUCUAGCUGAAAGAGCAAGAAGAGAAAAGAUAAGCGAACGGAUGAAGAUCUUGUGCCAUGAUAUUAUAGGUAAAGCACUUGUUUUAGAUGAGAUAAUCAACUACAUACAAUCAUUGCAACGUCAAGUUGAGUUCUUAUCGAUGAAGCUCGAGGCAGUCAACUCAAGAAUGAACCACUCUGGCGUAGAGGUUUUCUUACCGAAAGAGUUUGGUCAGCAAGCGUUUGAGAAUCAGGAGAUGCAGUUUGGGUCACAGUCUAUAAGGGAAUACAGUAGAGGAGCAUCACCAGAUUGGUUGCAUAUGCAGAUAGGAUCAGGGGGCUUCCAAAGAGCAUCCUCAAGUCAAACAUUAAACGAUGCCGGAGGAUGGUGUGAGUUUAAAAAGUGUUGCCGCAACAGUGAAAAUAGUCACCGCAGUGAGACGCGACUGACGCUGAAAUUUUAAGCGGUCUGUUAUAGCUAGGAAACUGCCGCUGCGUAAACGAACGCUGCCGCAGCGACUACAGAUCAAAAUUUAGAAGGAAAAAAGAGUAUCCAAAGGGAAAGAGAGACGAACAGGUGACGCGGCGUCAGUCGCAGAGAGGAGAGAGAAAUGAGGAACAAUGAUCGCUACUUUUUUUGACGUCAGCGGCAACACCGGAAAGCUUCUUUUUUUUUGACGCGGCGUCUCUGUUUUUCAUUUCAUUUAAUCAACGAUGAAGAAGCUUAUGAACAAAUCUCAUACGCCAAUGUCGAACGCUGCGUUCGUUAAACGAACAUGGGUUAUAUUAACCCCAGCGCCUCAUUAUUUCCGAUGUCUUGUGUAUAAAGCAACAAAAGUAGAGUGUAUUUUCUAGACGCCAAAACUGCCGCUGCGUUUACAAAAAGAACAGGGCUAUCUUCUAAAUACAGCUAAGAGAAGGGCAGGAAGGAAUAAAUGCAUAUGAAUCUCUCUCUCAUUUAGGGAUAUAAUUACACGGAUGUGAAUACGUUAGAAAAGAAAGGUAAGAAAGACAUAGAUACACUUACAUAAGUUGGUUUCGAUAUCAAGCAAAGCGCUGGGAAGUGUUCAGGACCAACUUGAUUUCAGAAAUGCACCAACGAGUAAUGUCUUUCCUACCAACUUGAUAUAUGCCGUGACUCUUAAGGUUUAGGGAAUAUUCUAAAUUCACAAAUUAGUAAAUUUGGUGACGAGUGGAUUUUUGUAGCCUUAGUU